GUUCUCUCCCAACUAGUGUAGAGUUGUGGUGAAUCUGUGUUGACGUGGAUUUACAAGUCGUACAGUCGUCGAUAAUAUUAACUUGUGUGCUGCAAGGAAAAAAAUGAAAUAAAACAUAGAAUUAGGAUCAAGGAAUCGUCCCAGUGAACUCUUAGAGACCUACACUUGACCAGCUAGCACCAAACGAGAGAUAAUUGCUAUGACGUAUAUUUGAACUGGGACGAGGUUAGUGUCAGCGAGAGGGAGGAAGUUUAUCCUUAUCUGGCCUCAUCUGGAGGUCAUAAAGGUCAUGUUUGGAGGAUACAGUAAGCAAGAGGAUAAGCCCACACUGUGUCCUAAGGAAAGAGACAUCGAAGAGGAAACAUCGGGAGGAUUUUAAGACGUGGAGAAACAACAUGACCGUGAGGAGGAGUGUGGUGUGGGAGGGAGGACUGAAGAGGACGAUGGUGUUGGUGGCGCUGAUGAUGCUCUUCUGUCUCACCGGAUGUGCCCAGGGGCAAUGUGGUGGGUCCCCGCAGUACCUGACGGCAGCUAACAGCAGUGGUCAUCUGGCCUUCCCGGAGGUGAACUUAGACCUCCACACCGGUGUUUGGCAGCCCUACCAGUUCUAUCCGACGGGAGUGAAGUGCUCGUGGGUACUGAAGGCUCCUGCCGCACACGUCAUUGCUGCUGCCUUUCUUCACUUUGACACCGAGCAAGAUUAUGACUUUGUUACUAUCUACAGCAGCGAGGAGAGAACGGAACAGCUGCUACGUGUAUCGGGCGACCUGACCUCUAGUUGGCUUGUCACCUCUCCUGACGAUACCCUGGUGAUCGACUUCAUUAGCGACGAGUACACCACCUAUUAUGGGUUCCACUUGGCCUAUGGUUAUGAUCCGAAAGCUUGUAUGGAGGGAGGCGUGACAGUAGCGGAGGAACACCUGAUAGCACUUCCUACUCCUAAUCUCCACGGCGUGCUGCCAGGGCCACGUCAGGAGAAGCAGCAGUACCAGAUGGCGAAGCCUGACGCGGGGGACAAGAGGGUAGUGCCCAAGGGCGGCCCUGCUGAGCAGCCCACCAUGACAUGGCUGCCCCUGGCUCAAUACCCGCUCUGGGCCAACUGCACCUGGAGAAUCGCCGUCGACACUCGCAACAUAGUCAAGCUUGAUGUUCUCCGUUUCAACACUGGCACCAAGGACGUCCUGAAGUUGUGGCAGGUGUCGCCAGAUGGACGAGCCAAGGCGCUGCUACAGUAUGGUGGAGCUGAAAUACCACGUCACAGCUUCCAGUCAUCCAAGCCCCUCGUGAUCACCUUCGUCGCCCAGGCCAAUGAGAGAGGUUCUGGGUUCCUCAUCGACGUCUCCUACAUCAUGAGAGCGUGUGAUCCCGAGAUUCAGGAGUUAGGGUCCCCGCGGGGCCUGGUAGCCUAUCCCUUCCAUAACCUCCAGGAUGGACAGUGGCGCACCCAGGGACACCUCCACUACGGCCCCGACUCCUGCCAGUGGAUCAUCAGAGCUCCUGAAGGAUACGUGGUCAAUGUUACUAUCCUACACUUCGACACUCACGCCGAUGACCACCUGCAGGUGGUGGAGAAUGACACCCUGUCGUUCACACACAGUGGAGGUCUGCCUUCAAGGACGAACUUCGUAUCUCGAGGACCAGAACUCACCCUCAAGUUCUCCCCCAAGGAAGACACUGACCACACCGGCUUCCUCAUCCAGUACUCGUGGCUACUUAGGGACUGUGGUGGAGAGAUGGAUGAAAAUGAGGGUGAGCUCAGGUCACCUUAUUACCCUGACGCCUACGGCCCUAACGUGACCUGCCGCUGGACGGUCACGCCACCCGAAAGACACCUCCUUCACCUGCUGGUCGCCAGACUAAGAUUGGACGCUGGGGAUGCUCUUCAGGUCUCGGACGGGGUUCAAGACCUGAAGGUGACUGGCACACCUUACGCGUCAGGUCGCUUGCUGGAGCUUCGGCCGACCCCUUCAGCCACAGUGUUCUUCAGCAGUGACCAGCAACGCAAUCGCGGGUAUUUCCUCCUGAAAUACACCUCCUUCAGUGAGGGCAGCUGCCAGUUCAAGCUGUCGCCGUGUGGGUGGCUGUCUACCGACCCCCUCCAAGCUUGGGCCUUCCAUGGUUUGAAGAACAGGAUGGUGGUGGCGGAGGAGACGGGUGCCGGCCUACAGCUGCCCCGAGGCUACAGGGCCAUCCUCACCUCCCCCUGGAUCACCCCUGCCGUAGAUAAUAGUUUAGCAGAAGGAGUGGCCAUGUGUCUGCGUUUGGACUACCUGUUGGACGGGCCAGACGCCUUCCUGCUGUCGACGAGGGUGAUGCAGGAGAAGGAUGAGAGUCAUUCACCUCCGUCAGCGCUCUUCCUCCUCUAUGGUCCCCAUGGUAACAGGUCCCUCACUACAGCCGUCAACUUCACCGUCAGCUCACGAUUUAAGAUUGUGGUGCAGUAUGAACGCGGAUACGGCCCCCACUACACGGCGGGAGUGGCGGGCGUGCAGGUGACCCAGGGAUCGUGUGGCCGCGAGCUGGAUAACCUCACUGCCACCUCCUGCACCUUCACCCACGACUUCUGCGGUUGGACCAAUACUCAUAGCGACCACAGGAACUGGCUGCUGACGGAUGAAGGUAUACUGGCGGAGGUACGUAGUGGCAGCAUGAGCAGUAAACUCAGCUACAGCAGGACCAAGACCAUCUCCAACAGUAACGUUAACAGAAGCAUCAUGCAUGAGCAACAGUGGGCUGAUCUCAUCUCCCCGGUGGUGACCCAGGGAGACAUCACCUUUACACCUCACAGUGCUCCCAGUUUAUCAGAAAAUAGUUUGGAAGACACUGAUCGAGAUGAAAGCCUCUCCCUGGUGACGGGCGUCGGCGGAGGAGCGUGUCUGACUCUCAACUAUCGCCUCCUGUCAGCAAACUCGGAGUUACGGGUGGUGCUGAGUCGCGUGGCGCCUGCAGUUGUGGAGGGCUACCGUAUGAGGGACUCCCAGGGUCACCAGGAGGAGGAGAAGGAACAGGUGCUAUGGACCCAGGGCCGUGUCGGGAGCCCUGGGGUGAUGGAGGCCUUUGUCAACCUCCUCCCUGACACACUCCCACCACAGUACCAGCUGAUUCUACGAGCAGUGGGCGUAGGCACAGACGGGGCCAGCGGGGGCGUGCAGGUGCGAAAGGUCAGCCUCCAACCUGACAUCUGUACGGCCGGACCCUCCUGCACCUUCGAUACCGGCUUCUGCUCCUGGAAGGUCUCGUAUACCGGAGGCACUGUCUGGUACAUCCGCCCUCACCAAGACGAAGAGGAGGGGAGCCACGCGGCCGUCUUGGUGGAGGGAAACCCGAAGGAUACCACCUGUCUCAUCAGUGAGACUAUCACCGCUUCCACCACUCCCAGAGCUCUCACCUUCAGGUACCGGGUGAUGGGGACGAGUAGAUGCCUGUCGGUGGGGCAGCGGGAGGUGGGGCAGGAGGACCACGGCACCACUAACACCAUCUGGGAGCAGUGCCGGGGCAAGGGUCUUCACUGGCUCACCGAGUGUGUUACACUACAACCCACACAACGUGCCUACAAGGUGAUGCUGACUGCAGGGACAGCAGAGUCUUCGACGGAAGUUUGGGUUGACGACGUGAAGGUGCUUCAGGGAGGCUGCAACGAUACCCUACCCCAGGAUACCUCCAUCUCUAGCCUGGACACGCCCUCUCCCAGUCUUGACUCGCCGCCACAGUGGCACUGCACACCCCAAGGGUCCCUGUGUGGUAUGACACAGCCCAAGUUUGGUCAGCGAGACUGGGUUUACGUAGACGCUCCCUUCCCAGAAAACGAGGCUAACACCAGCAACACCACCCUCGGCAGCCUCAUCACCACGGAGGCCCCGAUGGUUCUCGAUCCUGAGUCUGUGGACGUGGCUGAGCACUCUUGCAGGGAUGGCUCACCCCUGCAGGAGGCCUGGGUGUGUGAUGGCAUACCAGAUUGCCCCGACAAGAGUGACGAGGAACACUGUGAGUGUGACAGAGACGCUGGUGAACUGGGGUGUAAAAGAUCAGUUAGUUCCGCCCUUCACUUGGGUGGAGGUGUGUGUGCCCAGGGCGCCUUCCGCUGCCCCUCUGGACGGACGUGUCCCCCGGAGGGUUGUGGGGCGCCCCUGGACCCCUGCCUGCCCCGAGACCUCCUGUGUGACGGCAUCUCUCACUGCCGGCAAGCCGAGGACGAGGCCUCCUGUAAGGGCGUGGCCAGGACCGUUCCAAGCAGCGAGAAUAUUGUGUUGACAGACGAGGUGGGGGAGGGAGAGAAAAUUACCUGCUCCGGGGGUCUCCGUAUCCCCGCUGCCUGGCGCUGUGACGGACGUAAGGACUGUCCCCUCGACGGCCUCGACGAGGUGGGAUGUGCUUACUGCGGCCCGGCUAAGUUCAUCUGCCCCACCUCCGGUGUGUGUGUGCCGCAGGAGCAGGUGUGUGACGGCUCGCCUUCUCUCCCCGCCUGCACCGACGAGGAGUUCUGUGACGCCUGUCCUCCCGCUCACCUGGUGUGUGACGUCUGUGUGGCCAGUUGGCAGGUGUGUGACGGAGUGUGGGACUGUGAGGGAGGAGAAGAUGAAAGGGAGUGUGUAGGAGUGGACGGAGUGGAGGAGUGCGCCCAAGGACACUAUCAUUGUCCCUCUGGUCACUGUGUACCUGAGCUCUCUGUUUGUGACCGACGCUUCGACUGUCCUGACGGCGAUGAUGAACGACACUGUCUUGACGAUAAUUUCGAAGUGCCGCGCUACAUCUCAGUAAAGCCUUCACCAGUGCCAGAGAAGCCUGGUAAGAGGAGCAACAACCCCCCCAGCCGCCUCGUGACCCCCAGGCUACACCACCCAGCAGGAGGGGUGGGAGUCCUCACCUUCAAGUACCGCCUCGAUGCCUGGCUAGGUGCCUCCAACGCUACUCUCAGCCUGGAGAUGGUGGACGCGGAGGACCCCAGCGUGGGCGUGCGGAAAUGGGCGGUGUGGAGACAGAGCGGUCACAAGGGGCGGCAUUGGCUCUCAGCGACUGUGCUCAUCCCCCCUCCCAGCCCCCUCGAUCACUACAAGCUGUCGUUCCUUGUGUCCCAUGACGACCACGUCCACGAAUCCCAGCAGCUCCACCUGGCCCAGCUGGCCUUCACCGUCGUCACUCGGCAGGCCCUCAACAACUUGGGUUCGGAGCUGCUGCAGUGUGAGUUUGAGGACAGUUUGUGUGGAUGGUCACAGCUCAGUACAGAGGGCGGCUACUCCUGGGUGUUCGCUCGAGCCUCUCCCCAUGCCCGACGCACAGGACCUAUUACUGGUUACCCUGAUGUGAGCGGCUCAGGCUUUGUCUUCGCCGACUCCUUGCAUGGCUCUGAGGGCAGCACCGCCGACCUCCUGAGUCCUCCACUCCUGCUGCCUGAGGGACCAGAACCCGCCCUUUGUUUCAGAUUUGCCGUGUUCUUGUUCGGGGCGCACGUGGCCAAGGUGUCUGUGCACGUGCUGCAGCAUCUGGAUGACGACACACACACCACCGAGCUUUUCCACGCGGUGGGCGGCAAAGGUCUGAGUUGGAUGCCUGUGGGCGUGACAGUGGGUCAAGAUGACGUUGCUGAUGCAGGGGCGCCGCUGGUGCUGGCGGUGCGAGCCACACGGGGACCAGGCACAGAGGCUGACAUCGCCCUUGAUCACGUGGCUGUUCUGGCCGGCGCCUGCCACCUCCAACCUUUCCUGGACGCCAACAUCACCCUCAACGCCUCCCUUACACAUCUAGAUGCCCCGGCGCUUUCGGCCGGGGCCGCCCUCACGCCUCAGGCCAUACCCACACAGGUCCACGACCACGCCGAACCAUCAUUUCCCACAAAAGACCGAUGUGGUGCCCUCACUUCGUGCAUGGCGUGUGUCGUUCAGGACACAGAGGCGGACGUAGAGAGAGAUACGUGUACCUGGUGUGACCUGACCCAGAAGUGUGUGCCCAGCCUCGCUCCCGUUGCCGCCGCCUGCCCAGACCGACUUACCGUCCAUCACAACACCACGAAAUCACAACAGCGUCGAGGUUCCAGCUGGUGUCCACAGAUGGCGGCGCGGCAGGAGAAGCAGGUCCUAGUGAGCGCUGGAUCCUCCCCCAUCCUCACCUUCCCCGUGCACAAUAUUCAGUCCUCGCAGACGGAAAGUGGGUGGAUAUGUAUCUUCGAACCUGUGGAGGACGAAGAUGGAGACGCAGAGGAGACCACAAGGGAGGAAACGAAAGGAGAAGCCGAGGAAGAGAACCAGCAGACAGAGGAAGAGGAAAAAGAAGCACUGGAAAGGCGACUAAAAACAGAUGAGGAAUUCGAUUUCAAGAAGAAGAGAGCCGAGAUAAAGAGGACAAAGAAGGGAUUGAAGAUGACCAGGGAGGGGAAUCUUCGUCUUCCUGGCCACUUUCAGGGUCGAGUGUUUGACCUGAGUGGUGGUAUAGGGACGGGCGUGGGUGUGGGUACUGGUGUGGGCGUCGGGGCCAUCAGAUGCGGGGACGGGGUGACGGAGCUGAGGCCUACUCCUGCACGUCCACAUGCUCACUAUACUGUGAAUCUACUUACACCCGCCGGCGCCUUGCUGGACAAGCCGGAGGAUGUACGACUGGUGGUAUACAGCUGCGACCAAAUGGCCUCUUCCUGCCCGUCCUGCGUGGCCGUCAACACCAGCUUUUCCUGCGGCUGGUGCCUCGCCACAAGUACCUGCACCACUCAUGCCCACUGCCUUGGUAACUCCUGGUUCGGCCCCGGGCGGAAUUGUGACUCUGAGGAAUACCUCAAGACCCUCGGAGACCUCCAAGGAGAGACUCCUCUCGGCCUCGGGGAGCCACCUGCACCCCUAUUGGAGGAGGUGACGGAAAACAAGUUCCACAAGAACGAUCUAGUUGACUUCGACAACGUGGAAAACUUCUUGGGCGGCAAUGAUCAACCUCACGAGGACACACUUGAUGUCGAGGAAGACGAGGAGGAUGAGGAGGAGGAGGAGAGCAUGGAGAGCAAAGAGAAUAGUGAAGGAAGGAAGUCCAAGAGAAAGAGAGGACCUAAGGUUAAGAAACUUCAAGAGGACGCUGACGACAACACAGAGAGUGAAGGGGAACAAGUUGACAACAUGGUAAAUGACUCCAGUGCAAAGAAGAUCGGUCGCGUGGGAGGCAGGAAGAGGUCGGGCAAGCGGACAGUGAAGGGCAAGCUCAAAGUUACCAACCGAAGCCGAGCCUUCCUUCGUUUACCCCAGCACCCAGGUCUCUUCAUAGCCAGGGACGUGUGGAGGCUACACACGGGCCGCCAGUACUAUAUCCCCGUCACUAGGAAAACUCUGGUCAACAUGGGCUUCGUCAGGCAGGUGACGUAUGGCAACCUGGCCGAGGUUAAGACCCGCACGGUGCUCAUCAACGGUGCCUGGAAGAAAGCUGCAGGAUACUUCGUGGACUUUUUUGAGAAGGUGAACCAGGACCCCGUCACCUCCGUCAUCACCACCAGUAGGAGUGUUUUCGAGCAAUUGUUGGCGCAGCUCAUCCCAGACCAGUAGUCCAGCACAUCUCAGAAGCCUCCCAUAUUCCUCAUCCGCUCAUUUUGCUAACUUCAAACAUUUUACUAACCUUAUUAAACACUUAGUAGCUAAAUAUAAGUUUAAAGUACUAGUUUAAACUAGUCAUAUCAGGGGUACAGUGUCGGGAUAGCAACAUUUUGGGAACCUGUGUGCGUGCGUGCGUGAGUGGGCUUAAAAAUUAGUGUCAUGCCAACUUUGUUCCCCUAAGGUUAAACAUGUACAAAAGAUCAUAAUUUUGGGUAAUAUUCAGUAUAUCUCCACAACCCACAAUAAUUGUUAUUUAAGUUCAAGGGUUCGACGUAGGCAUGACACUGAUUUUUAGGUCCACAGACGCACUGUACAGUGUGUGUGUUUGUUUUGCCCACAUAGGUUCCAAAAGAUGUAACGUGCCAAUUGUGAACCCACGAUUAAUUCUAAACCGGAACAUAACUCUGACUGAUCAUGGCCUGAUAACAACAUUACUCCCAUCUAAUGUGGUGAAGAUUAAUGACUUUAAUAAUCAUGAGACAGUACGAACUAAAUUAAAUGGGAAAAACUGAGGAAACCUUUCUGAUAUUUCAGUGGAGAUAUGUCUUACGAGGAGUAUUGUAUUAUGCUGUAAGGCAGUUUAAUAUAUUUUUAAUAGUUUUCCCAAAACAAAUAAAUUA